AUGACGAAUGGUUCAACAACUACAGAUGAGGCAACGACUACGACGGAAAGUUCAACAACUACUAAAGGGAUUACUUCGACCACAAUUACGCAAGACACAACCCCCACAACGGAAAGCACAACAACUACGGGCGAUACGGCCUCGACUACUUCAAGCACAACGACUACAGAAGGUACGACAUCAACAACUUCUGGAACAUCAUCUACACAAGAAGCAACGACUACGACGGAAAGUUCAACAACUACUGAAGGGACUACUUCGACCACAACUACGCAAGACACAACCUCCACAACGGAAAGCACAACAACUACGGAAGGUACGACCUCGACUUCUUCAAGCACAACGACUACAGAAGGUACGAUAUCAACAACUUCUGGAACAUCACCUUCACAAGAGGCAACGACUACGACGGAAAGUUCAACAACUACUGAAGGGACUACUUCGACCACAACUACGCAAGACACAACCCCCACAACGGAAAGCACAACAACUACGGGAGAUACGGCCUCGACUACUUCAAGCACAACGACUACAGAAGGUACGACAUCAACAACUUCUGGAACAUCAUCUACACAAGAAGCAACGACUACGACGGAAAGUUCAACAACUACUGAAGGGACUACUUCGACCACAACUACGCAAGACACAACCUCCACAACGGAAAGCACAACAACUACGGAAGGUACAACUUCGACUACUUCAAGCACAACGACUACAGAAGGUACGACAUCAACAACUUCUGGAACAUCACCUUCACAAGAGGCAACGACUACGACGGAAAGUUCAACAACUACUGAAGGGACUACUUCGACCACAACAACGCAAGACACAACCCCCACAACGGAAAGCUCAACAACUACGGAAGGUACGACAUCAACAACUUCUGCAACAUCACCUACACAAGAAGCAACGACUACGACGGAAAGUUCAACAACUACUGAAGGGACUACUUCGAGCACUACGCAAGACACAACCCCCACAACGGAAAGCACAACUACGGAAGAGGCAACGACUACGACGGAAAGUUCAACAACUACUGAAGGGACUACUUCGACCACAACUACGCAAGACACAACCCCCACAACGGAAAGCACAACAACUACGGAAGGUACGACCUCGACUACUUCAAGCACAACGACUACAGAAAGGACUACUUCGACCACAAAAACGCAAGACACAACCUCCACAACGGAAAGCACAACAACUACGGAAGGUACGACCUCGACUUCUUCAAGCACAACGACUACAGAAGGUACGACAUCAACAACUUCUGGAACAUCACCUACACAAGAGGCAACAACUACGACGGAAAGUUCAACAACUACUGAAGGGACUACUUCGACCACAACUACGCAAGGCACAACCCCCACCACGGAAAGCACAACAACUACGGAAGGUACGACUUCGACUACUUCAAGCACAACGACUACAGAAGGUACGACAUCAACAACUUCUGGAACAUCACCUUCACAAGAGGCAACGCCUACGACGGAAAGUUCAACAACUACUGAAGAGACUACUUCGACCACAAUUACGCAAGGCACAACCCCCACCACGGAAAGCACAACAACUACGGAAGGUACGACUUCGACUACUUCAAGCACAACGACUACAGAAGGUACGACAUCAACAACUUCUGGAACAUCACCUACACAAGAGGCAACAACUACGACGGAAAGUUCAACAACUACUGAAGGGACUACUUCGACCACAACUACGCAAGGCACAACCCCCACCACGGAAAGCACAACAACUACGGAAGGUACGACUUCGACUACUUCAAGCACAACGACUACAGAAGGUACGACAUCAACAACUUCUGGAACAUCACCUUCACAAGAGGCAACGCCUACGACGGAAAGUUCAACAACUACUGAAGAGACUACUUCGACCACAAAAACGCAAGACACAACCUCCACAACGGAAAGCACAACAACUACGGAAGGUACGACCUCGACUUCUUCAAGCACAACGACUACAGAAGGUACGACAUCAACAACUUCUGGAACAUCACCUACACAAGAGGCAACAACUACGACGGAAAGUUCAACAACUACUGAAGGGACUACUUCGACCACAACUACGCAAGGCACAACCCCCACCACGGAAAGCACAACAACUACGGAAGGUACAACUUCGACUACUUCAAGCACAACGACUACAGAAGGUACGACAUCAACAACUUCUGGAACAUCACCUUCACAAGAGGCAACGACUACGACGGAAAGUACGACAUCAACAACUUCUGGAACAUCAUCUACACAAGAAGCAACGACUACGACGGAAAGUUCAACAACUACUGAAGGGACUACUUCGACCACAACUACGCAAGACACAACCUCCACAACGGAAAGCACAACAACUACGGAAGGUACGACCUCGACUACUCCAAGCACAACGACUACAGAAGGUACGACUUCAACAACUUCUGGAACAUCACCUUCACAAGAGGCAACGACUACGACGGAAAGUUCAACAACUACUGAAGGGACUACUUCAACCACAACUACGCAAGACACAACCCCCACAACGGAAAGCACUACAACUACGGGAGAUACGGCCUCGACUACUUCAAGCACAACGACUACAGAGGGUACGACAUCAACAACUUCUGGAACAUCACCUACACAAGAAGCAACGACUACGACGGAAAGUUCAACAACUACUGAAGGGACUACUUCGACCACAACUACGCAAGACACAACCCUCACAACGGAAAGCACAACAACUACGGAAGGUACAACUUCGACUACUUCAAGCACAACGACUACAGAAGCAACGACUACGACGGAAAGUUCAACAACUACUGAAGGGACUACUUCGACCACAACUACGCAAGACACAACCUCCACAACGGAAAGCACAACAACUACGGAAGGUACGACCUCGACUACUCCAAGCACAACGACUACAGAAGGUACGACUUCAACAACUUCUGGAACAUCACCUUCACAAGAGGCAACGACUACGACGGAAAGUUCAACAACUACUGAAGGGACUACUUCAACCACAACUACGCAAGACACAACCCCCACAACGGAAAGCACAACAACAACGGGAGGUACGGCCUCGACUACUUCAAGCACAACGACUACAGAAGGUACGACAUCAACAACUUCUGGAACAUCACCUACACAAGAAGCAACGACUACGACGGAAAGUUCAACAACUACUGAAGGGACUACUUCGACCACAACUACGCAAGACACAACCCCCACAACGGAAAGCACUACAACUACGGGAGAUACGGCCUCGACUACUUCAAGCACAACGACUACAGAAGGUACGACAUCAACAACUUCUGGAACAUCACCUACACAAGAAGCAACGACUACGACGGAAAGUUCAACAACUACUGAAGGGACUACUUCGACCACAACUACGCAAGACACAACCCUCACAACGGAAAGCACAACAACUACGGAAGGUACAACUUCGACUACUUCAAGCACAACGACUACAGAAGGUACGACAUCAACAACUUCUGGAACAUCAUCUACACAAGAAGCAACGACUACGACGGAAAGUUCAACAACUACUGAAGGGACUACUUCGACCACAACUACGCAAGACACAACCUCCACAACGGAAAGCACAACAACUACGGAAGGUACGACCUCGACUACUCCAAGCACAACGACUACAGAAGGUACGACUUCAACAACUUCUGCAACAUCAUCUACUCAAGAAGCAACGACUACGACGGAAAGUUCAACAACUACUGAAGGGACUACUUCGACCACAACUACGCAAGACACAACCUCCACAACGGAAAGCACAACAACUACGGAAGGUACGACCUCGACUACUUCAAGCACAACGACUACAGAAGGUACGACAUCAACAACUUCUGCAACAUCAUCUACACAAGAAGCAACGACUACGACGGAAAGUUCAACAACUACUGAAGGGACUACUUCGACCACAACUACGCAAGACACAACCCCCACAACGGAAAGCUCAACAACUACGGAAGGUACAACUUCGACUACUUCAAGCACAACGACUACAGAAGGUACGACAUCAACAUCUUCUGGAACAUCAACUUCACAAGAGGCAACGACUACGACGGAAAGUUCAACAACUACUGAAGGGACUACUUCGACCACAACUACGCAAGACACAACCUCCACAACGGAAAGCACAACUACGGAAGCAACGACUACGACGGAAAGUUCAACAACUACUGAAGGGACUACUUCGACCACAACUACGCAAGACACAACCUCCACAACGGAAAGCACAACAACUACGGAAGGUACGACCUCGACUACUUCAAGCACAACGACUACAGAAGGGACUACUUCGACCACAACUACGCAAGACACAACCCCCACAACGGAAAGCACUACAACUACGGAAGGUACGACCUCGACUACUUCAAGCACAACGACUACAGAAGGUACGACAUCAACAUCUUCUGGAACAUCAACUUCACAAGAGGCAACGACUACGACGGAAAGUUCAACAACUACUGAAGGGACUACUUCGACCACAACUACGCAAGACACAACCCCCACAACGGAAAGCUCAACAACUACGGAAGGUACAACUUCGACUACUUCAAGCACAACGACUACAGAAGGUACGACAUCAACAUCUUCUGGAACAUCAACUUCACAAGAGGCAACGACUACGACGGAAAGUUCAACAACUACUGAAGGGACUACUUCGACCACAACUACGCAAGACACAACCCCCACAACGGAAAGCUCAACAACUACGGAAGGUACAACUUCGACUACUUCAAGCACAACGACUACAGAAGGUACGACAUCAACAUCUUCUGGAACAUCAACUUCACAAGAGGCAACGACUACGACGGAAAGUUCAACAACUACUGAAGGGACUACUUCGACCACAACUACGCAAGACACAACCCUCACAACGGAAAGCACAACAACUACGGAAGGUACAACUUCGACUACUUCAAGCACAACGACUACAGAAGGUACGACAUCAACAACUUCUGGAACAUCACCUACACAAGAAGCAACGACUACGACGGAAAGUUCAACAACUACUGAAGGGACUACUUCGACCACAACUACGCAAGACACAACCCCCACAACGGAAAGCACUACAACUACGGAAGGUACGACCUCGACUACUUCAAGCACAACGACUACAGAAGGUACGACAUCAACAUCUUCUGGAACAUCAACUUCACAAGAGGCAACGACUACGACGGAAAGUUCAACAACUACUGAAGGGACUACUUCGACCACAACUACGCAAGACACAACCCCCACAACGGAAAGCUCAACAACUACGGAAGGUACAACUUCGACUACUUCAAGCACAACGACUACAGAAGGUACGACAUCAACAUCUUCUGGAACAUCAACUUCACAAGAGGCAACGACUACGACGGAAAGUUCAACAACUACUGAAGGGACUACUUCGACCACAACUACGCAAGACACAACCCUCACAACGGAAAGCACAACAACUACGGAAGGUACAACUUCGACUACUUCAAGCACAACGACUACAGAAGGUACGACAUCAACAACUUCUGGAACAUCACCUUCACAAGAGGCAACGACUACGACGGAAAGUUCAACAAUUACUGAAGGGAUUACUUCGACCACAAUUACGCAAGACCAACCCCCACAACGGAAAGCACAACAACUACGGGAGAUACGGCCUCGACUACUUCAAGCACAACGACUACAGAAGGUACGACAUCAACAACUUCUGGAACAUCAUCUACACAAGAAGCAACGACUACGACGGAAAGUUCAACAACUACUGAAGGGACUACUUCGACCACAACUACGCAAGACACAACCUCCACAACGGAAAGCACAACAACUACGGAAGGUACGACCUCGACUACUUCAAGCACAACGACUACAGAAGGUACGACAUCAACAAUUCCUGGAACAUAACCUACACAAGAGGCAACGACUACGACGGAAAGUUCAACAACUACUGAAGGGACUACUUCGACCACAACUACGCAAGACACAACCCCCACAACGGAAAGCUCAACAACUACGGAAGGUACAACUUCGACUACUUCAAGCACAACGACUACAGAAGGUACGACAUCAACAACUUCUGGAACAUCACCUUCACAAGAGGCAACGACUACGACGGAAAGUUCAACAACUACUGAAGGGACUACUUCGACCACAUUUACGCAAGACACAACCUCCACAACGGAAAGCACAACUACGGAAGGUACGACCUCGACUACUUCAAGCACAACGAUUACAGAAGGUACGAUAUCAACAACUUCUGGAACAUCACCUUCACAAGAGGCAACGACUACGACGGAAAGUUCAACAACUACUGAAGGGACUACUUCGACCACAACAACGCAAGACACAACCUCCACAACGGAAAGCACAACUACGGAAGGUACGACCUCGACUACUUCAAGCACAACGAUUACAGAAGGUACGAUAUCAACAACUUCUGGAACAUCACCUUCACAAGAGGCAACGACUACGACGGAAAGUUCAACAACUACUGAAGGGACUACUUCGACCACAACUACGCAAGACACAACCCCCACAACGGAAAGCACAACAACUACGGGAGAUACGGCCUCGACUACUUCAAGCACAACGACUACAGAAGGUACGACAUCAACAACUUCUGGAACAUCAUCUACACAAGAAGCAACGAUUACGACGGAAAGUUCAACAACUACUGAAGGGACUACUUCGACCACAACUACGCAAGACACAACCUCCACAACGGAAAGCACAACAACUACGGAAGGUACGACCUCGACUACUUCAAGCACAACGACUACAGAAGGUACGACAUCAACAACUUCUGGAACAUCACCUUCACAAGAGGCAACGACUACGACGGAAAGUUCAACAACUACUGAAGGGACUACUUCGACCACAACAACGCAAGACACAACCUCCACAACGGAAAGCUCAACAGCUACGGAAGGUACAACUUCGACUACUUCAUGCACAACGACUACGGAAGGUACGACAUCAACAACUUCUGCAACAUCACUUCAACAACUACUACAACGACUACAACUGCUGA